AAAAUGUGAAACAGCAAAGAAGCGAACAACUUCAGGGCACAAAAAUGCACACUCUCAACACCACCACCGGUUCGCAAGAUCCGAAUUUCGACCCGAUUCCAGACCCGGAUCAAUUUCCCAACCGAAAUCGCAACCUUCAACAAUCUCGAAGGCCACGUGGCUUUGCCGCUGCGGCUGCAGCAGCGUCAAUAGCUCCAACGGAAAACGAUGUAAACAACGGAAACAUCGCCGGAAUCGGCGGUGGAGAAGGAAGCAGCAGCGGAGGAGGAGGAGGAGGAGGGAAAGGGAAGAGAGAAAGGGAAAAGGAAAAAGAGAGAACGAAACUUAGAGAAAGACAUAGACGAGCAAUCACAAGUAGAAUGCUCGCCGGAUUAAGACAGUACGGGAACUUUCCGUUACCGGCGCGUGCUGAUAUGAACGAUGUAAUCGCUGCUUUGGCUCGUGAAGCUGGUUGGAGUGUUGACGCCGACGGUACUACUUAUCGGCAAUCACAUCAACCAAACAAUGUGGUGCAGUUUCCGACGAGAUCUAUUGAGAGUCCACUUUCUUCUAGUACAUUGAAGAACUGUGCUAAGGCUGCACUUGAAUGUCAGCAACAUUCAGUUCUUAGAAUCGAUGAGAAUCUUUCUCCUGUGUCUCUUGAUUCUGUUGUUAUUGCCGAGAGUGAUCAUCCCGGGAAUGGAAGGUAUACUGGUGCUAGUCCUAUCACCUCGGUCGGAUGUUUGGAAGCCAAUCAGCUUAUACAAGAUGUUCAUGCAGCAGAGCCACGUAAUGACUUCACAGAGGGCUUUUAUGUCCCUGUGUACGCCAUGCUUCCAGUUGGCAUUAUAGACAGCUUUGGCCAGUUGGUUGAUCCUGAAGGUGUAAGGCAAGAAUUAAGUUACAUGAAGUCAUUAAAUGUCGACGGAGUGGUAAUAGAUUGUUGGUGGGGAAUAGUUGAAGGAUGGAAUCCUCAGAAAUAUGUAUGGUCUGGCUAUAGGGAGCUCUUUAACAUUAUCAGAGACUUCAAACUUAAACUACAGGUGGUGAUGGCAUUUCAUGAAUAUGGAGGGAAUGCAUCUGGAAAUGUUAUGAUCUCGUUGCCCCAGUGGGUUUUGGAAGUUGGAAAAGACAAUCCAGACAUAUUUUUUACUGAUCGUGAAGGAAGAAGGAGUUUCGAGUGUUUGAAUUGGAGCAUUGACAAGGAACGGGUAUUGCAUGGACGAACUGGUAUAGAGGUCUAUUUUGAUUUUAUGAGAAGCUUCCGGUCAGAGUUUGAUGACUUGUUUGUGGAAGGACUAAUUGCUGCAGUUGAGAUUGGUCUUGGAGCUUCUGGUGAACUAAAGUACCCAUCUUUCCCAGAAAGGAUGGGUUGGAUUUAUCCCGGUAUUGGUGAGUUUCAGUGUUAUGACAAAUAUUCGCAGUUAAAUCUGCAAAAGGAAGCAAAAUCACGAGGAUUCGCUUUCUGGGGUAAAGGACCAGAGAAUGCUGGUCAAUACAAUUCUCAACCACAUGAAACUGGGUUCUUCCAAGAAAGAGGUGAAUAUGACAGCUACUAUGGCCGUUUCUUCCUAAAUUGGUAUUCGCAAUUGCUAAUCGGUCAUGCUGAGAAUGUUCUGUCUCUUGCAAAUCUCGCGUUUGAGGAGACAAAGAUUAUUGUCAAGAUACCGGCGAUUUACUGGUCUUACAAGACAGCUAGUCAUGCUGCUGAAUUAACUGCAGGAUACUAUAACCCUUCAAACCGUGAUGGGUACUCUCUUGUUUUCGAAACUUUGAAGAAGUAUUCUGUGACUGCAAAGUUUGUGUGCCCUGGGCCACAAAUGUCUCCGAAUGCGCAUGAAGAAGCAUUAGCUGAUCCAGAAGGCUUAAGUUGGCAGGUGAUCAACGCAGCUUGGGAUAAGGGACUUCUUAUUGGCGGAGAGAAUAUGAUAACUUGCUUCGAUAGAGAAGGUUGUAUGAGAUUAAUCGAUAUAGCUAAACCGAGGAACCAUCCAGAUAGCUAUCACUUCUCCUUCUUCACAUAUCGUCAACCUUCUCCUCUGGUUCAAGGAUCUACUUGCUUUCCAGAUUUGGACUACUUCAUAAAACGCAUGCACGGCGACAUACAGAGAUAAACAGUGUCUGGAACACAAAACAGAUCACUAGAAGUUGCAGGGUUUUAGGAUUCUUUAAGUAAGUAUCUUUUGUUUAAAACUUCAAAAUCUGUUUUGUCUUGUUUAUUCUCCUCAAGGCCUAUAUUUAAGAAGAUUGAUCUUGUAAUCUGUAAACCCAUUAACACUUCACUAGUUGAUGAUGAACUAACUAAUUAAACUCUUAAAUGCA